UAAUUAACUGUUUGAGUGCUGCACCGGCAAGUGCUGCUGGCCGUAUCAAGCCUGCCCCUGGGGCCCCCUAAUCUGUGUACCUGCGUUGGCAACCACUUCUGCAGACUACUGUGUGUGCCUGAGCUCUCAAAUCGGCCGUCCUCGCCGUGGUCUAAGUAUUUCUGGAACCACGGCAGUCAUGACAGUCUUGCAGUCCAUCAGUGGAAAAUAUGAUAUUGUUCGCCCAUAUGAAGUUACAGCAGAGAAAACAGUGCCUCCUGAUAUUGAAAAGCCAGAAUAUUUUGAAUCUUCUGUGCCAGAGGUAGUUCAUGCCACAGAAACAAAAUCUGCUGUUGCCAUAGACAAAAUGAGGCUGAGCUGUCAGCUGGCUAAAAAGGUUUUAAAUGCAGCUAUACCUUUACUGAAGGUAGGAGUAACUACCGACUUCAUUGAUGGAAAGCUACAUCAGAUGAUAAUAGAAAACGGAGCGUAUCCAUCACCAUUACGAUACCAUGGUUUUCCAAAGUCCAUCUGUACAUCUGUGAACAAUGUUAUCUGCCAUGGUAUUCCUGAUCUACGGCCUCUGAGAGAUGGAGAUAUAAUUAAUGUAGAUGUGACGGUCUUUCGUGGAGGCUAUCAUGGUGAUUGUUCUGCAACAUUUCUAGUGGGAAAUGUAGAUGAAGAGGGAAUACAUUUAGUCGAGGGGGCAAAAAAAUGCUUAUUGAAAGGAAUCGGUGCCUGUGGACCAGGUGAAAGAUUUUCAGCAAUCGGUGCAGCUAUUGAGGAAGAAGCUCACAAGCAAAGACUGAAUGUGGUUCCAAACGUUUUGGGUCAUGGGAUAGGAAGCUAUUUUCAUGGACCACCCGAUAUCUACCAUAUUUGUAAUGAUUUUGGUGGAGUAAUGCUUCCAGGAAUGACAUUUACAAUUGAACCUGCACUUACAAAUGGCUCUGUUGGAACAUGUGUCCUAGAAGAUGGUUGGACAUGUGUAUCAGUAGAUCAUGCACGAUCUGCUCAAUUUGAAGAAACUGUACUUAUUAAAGUAGAUGGAGUAGAAGUGCUGACAUAAUGUUUAUGUGAUCUCCAUGCAGAAUGGAAGACAAAUGCACACAUAGCAACUGCCAAACCAGUGUCAAUGGAUAGAAACCUCCAAAAACAGUAUAAUCUCAUGUGUUGUAGUUAUUUGUUCUCAUUUUAUUUUUACUGCAUUGGUAUCCCUUUGAGCAAAGAUUUAUGUCUUAUUUUGUAUUUCUUACACCAAUCCCAAACUAUCUCCUUGUCUUUCUGUUUUCCCAACUGCCUUUUCCUCUCAGGAAAGGAUCUGCCAGUUCCAGUAACUUGAAAUUUCAUAUAUUAUUCCAUUUGUAUUACUUUUGAAACUGCUAUGGUUGUACCUACCAUGAUAGUUUUGUGAAGAGUAAAUGUUGGUUUUAUUCUGCAAUGUUCAUCAAAGGUUUUUUAAAUUUCAUUCUGAGUUAUGUGACCUGUGAUUCACAAAUGUAAUGUAUCUUAAUAGUUGCCUGAACAAAAUAAAUUCAUUUUGGUAUGUAGAUGAAGUCUGUAAAAUAAUGAAUACUUCACCCAAUGAAUUCAUCUUACAUUCAUGUACUUAAUUAUAAAUUGUGAAUUCAGUUUGAAUUUCUAAUUUUGACAGCCAU